AUGGCAAACGCAUCGACCACAACGACGAGUGCCGGCGCCGAAAGGAGGAAGGCCGCUCCGAAUGGCGAGAUUAGGCUCAACGGCGCCGCCGCGGCAGACAAGGCACAGGCAGAGUCGGACCAGAAGGAGCAUGACUUCUUUUGGACCUACACGGAGGAGCCGCACCGGACAAGACGACUUGCCAUCAUCAAGGCUCAUCCAGAGGUCACCAAGCUCUGCGGCCCCGAGCCGUUAACCAAAUAUGUCGUCGCCUUCGUCGUCGGACUGCAGUUUCUCUGCGGAUACAUCCUGAAAGACACCUCAUUCUGGUCAUGGAAGUUCUGGGCGCUCGCAUACGUCGUCGGCGCGACCGCGAACCAGAACCUCUUCCUCGCGAUCCACGAGAUCAGCCACAACCUGGCCUUCAGAUCACUAUUGGCAAACAGGCUGUUCGCCAUCUUCGCCAAUCUGCCCAUCGGGCUGCCCUACAGCGCGAGCUUCAGGCCCUACCACUUGACACACCACAAGUCCCUGGGCGUGGACGGUCUGGAUACCGAUCUUCCUACCGCCCUCGAGGCUGUGGUCCUCGACUCUAUCCUGGGCAAGGCAUUUUUCUGCACCUUCCAGAUCUUCUUCUACGCCAUCCGGCCCAUGUGUGUCUUCCAGAUCACCUUCACCUGGGUCCACCUCCUCAACCUGGUCGUGCAACUUGCAUUUGACUACGUCGUGGUUAUGUCCCUGGACAGCUACAAACCUAUCCUGUACCUCCUGCUCAGCUCGUUCCUGGCCGGGUCGUGGCACCCCACCGCCGGUCAUUUCAUCGCGGAGCACUACGUCUACGAGACCGUCGUCCCCGAGGCCAGGGACCCCAACAACAACAUCCCAGUGCCGGAGACUUUCAGCUACUACGGCCCGCUCAACGUGCUCACGUACAACGUUGGCUACCACAAUGAGCAUCACGACUUCCCCGCUGUGGCGUGGACCAAGCUGCCCAAGCUCAGGGAGAUCGCGGACGAGUUCUACGCCCCGCUGCCGCGCCACGACAGCUGGGUGCUCGUGCUCUGGCGGUUCCUCUGGGACGAGAAUGUCGGCAUCACAAGCCGGGUGAAGAGGAAGAACGGUGGGCGCAAGGUCGGUGGCAAGUCAGAGAGAGUCGCCAAGGUGGCGGAUUGGACACCGCAGGAAAUCGAGGCUUGA